CCCCCCCCCCCCGUUACAUUUAUGAGGAGUUUUAACAGAAUUUUGAAGACGCUCUCGCAUCGACAGUAGACACUCUGAAGUGCUUUAUGUGGCAAUCUUUCGAUGAACAAGAGGGACCGGCUGUGCGAGAACAGCGAGCCGUCAUUUGCGCGAAGGUGCUUCUUAUGUCUGCUCGAGCACUGAGGAGUCAGGGCCAUCGCGCGAGUCAGCCAUCGCCCAUACUGGUCAGUUAUGGCACCGAAGAGAAGACCCGGCCCACUAAACAUUGCGCCCACGGGAGAGGGACAAGCGUCAACCAACAUUGAUGCAGCUUCAGAAGCGAACCUGGAGGCCUUGCAGAAGAAACUAGGAGAGCUAGAGAUGGAUGAGCAGCAGAGAAAGCGCCUGGAGGCUUUCCUCACCCAGAAAGCCCAGGUGGGCGAGUUGAAGGAUGAUGACUUUGACCCCAUCUGCGAACUGGGUGCAGGCAAUGGUGGGGUGGUUCACAAAGUGAGACAUAAACCCUCGAGACUAGUUAUGGCUAGAAAGCUAAUCCAUUUGGAAAUCAAACCAGCCAUCAGGAACCAGAUCAUUCGGGAGCUUCAGGUGCUGCAUGAGUGCAACUCGCCCUACAUUGUGGGCUUCUACGGGGCUUUCUACAGCGAUGGUGAGAUCAGCAUUUGUAUGGAGCACAUGGAUGGAGGCUCCCUAGAUCAGGUGCUAAAAGAAGCUAGAAGAAUUCCAGAGGAAAUCCUAGGGAAAGUUAGUAUUGCUGUGCUUCGUGGGCUUGCUUAUCUACGGGAGAAACACCAAAUCAUGCACAGAGACGUCAAGCCCUCCAACAUCCUGGUGAACUCGCGCGGCGAGAUCAAGCUGUGUGACUUCGGCGUGAGCGGCCAGCUCAUCGACUCCAUGGCCAACUCCUUCGUGGGAACGCGCUCGUACAUGUCGCCGGAGAGACUCCAGGGCACCCACUACUCGGUGCAGUCAGACGUGUGGAGCAUGGGCCUGUCGCUGGUGGAGCUGGCCAUUGGCCGUUACCCCAUCCCCCCGCCGGACGCUAAGGAGCUGGAGGCCAUCUUCGGGCGGCCCGUGCUGGACGGAGCAGGCAUGGAGGCCCACAGCACGUCGCCGAGGCCCCGCCCCCCUGGACGGCCCAUUAGCGGCCAUGGUGUGGACAGCAGGCCAGCCAUGGCUAUAUUUGAGCUACUGGACUACAUUGUCAAUGAGCCCCCACCCAAGUUGCCGCAUGGUUUGUUUACCCCAGACUUCCAGGACUUUGUGACCAAAUGCCUCAUCAAGAACCCUGCGGACAGAGCUGACCUGAAGAUGUUGAUGGCUCACACAUUUAUCAAGCGUGCGGAGCUGGAGGAUGUGGACUUUGCCGGGUGGCUGUGCAGAACCAUGGGUCUGAACCAGCCGAGCACCCCCACGCGCAACGCCGAGUAAAGGCGGAGCCGCUCCCCCCCC